AUGAAGACUUCUUCUCUCUGUGCCCUUGUGGCCGUGGCAGCUAGGGCUUUUGCGUCCUCUGACCUCGACGCUCGGCAAACUGAGGAUGAACUUGACCAAUGGCUCUCAGCGGUGCAGGCCCAGCCUCUUGACGCCCUCAAGUCAUGCCCCGUCUCAUGCAGCACCGCUGGUGACGACCCAUGGUUUCUGUUCCCGGAUGCGUCCCAUUUGGCCUCCUGCAACGAGACGAUGCUGCUCAGUAUCGCCGUUCAGGCGGCUGAGGAAAAUGAGAACAAUGACAGGCCAACCGUCGUCAGGGCGUGCACAGCCGACUACGAUACCUCCACGUCUAUGAGGCUUGCCUUCGUGCCCGAUUCAACCAAGGCAUCCCUCUGCCUCACGGCUAACAAGGUGCUGAGCCCAGGCUCGAUACACAUGCACCAGCCCAGCGAGGGUAGCGAAUUCUUGGUGGGACAUCUCAUGUCUGCUGGCCAACAGGUCAAAAGCCAUCUUGCGUCUCAAGUGCCGUCAUGCACCAGCAACGUCAUGGCCUUUGGCUACUCGCAAUCCGCAGUCAUCGGUCUCUUUGCCGGCGCCGAGGUGCACCAACACGGUGUGACAGCCGACGUUCUGGACAAGUUCCUCGAGCAUGCACAGGACAAAUCCAUCUCCAGCAGCACCAUGGUGCAGCUGUGCGGAGCCGAGCAUAGAGGUGCCGACUACAGCAUAGGCAUCGUGGCCAGCAGUACCAAUAACCUUGACUUUGUCCAGCAGGCAGUCAAGACAUGGGCCGACGGCAAGUAUGAGCUGCAGUUUUCCAACAACUCUACCGGCAACGGCACGGCCAGCUCUCAUCAGUUCACUCCUCGGGAUAUGGAUGUCUCUCCCAGCAUCUCCAGGCUACUUCCUCGGGCCGACUGCAGGUUUACCACCGUGCAGGCGAAUGAAGGCUGCUAUGCCGUGGCAGAACGAUGCGGAAUCUCGCAAACUCAACUGCAAAACCUCAAUCGCGCCAAUCUUUGCGACUCGCUUGUGCGCGAAGAGCGUGUAUGCUGCAGUAGCGGCACUCUACCCAGCACCCUGCCUCCCGGAAACUCGGAUGGCACCUGCAAAACACGUCAGGUUAUUCCGCGUGACGACUGUGGCUCAUUGGCCAACAAGUACGACUUCAUGAAAGCGAAUUCCAAGACGGGUCUCUGCUCCAGUUUGGCUGAGGGUCAACAUGUCUGCUGCAGUCAGGGCAAGUUGCCUGACCUGAGGCCCAAAGAGGACGCCGAUGGCUACUGCGCCGUCUACACCACCAAAGAAGACGACUACUGCUCCAAGAUCGCUGCAAGCUUCAUGCUCACUAUAGAAGAGCUGGAGUCUUUUAACAAGAACACAUGGGGCUGGAACGGAUGCAAAACGCCGCUCUACACUAAGUUCAACGUGUGCGUCAGUGAAGGGGCGGCGCCCAUGCCUGCAAUUGUUCCUAACGCGGUAUGCGGACCGACGAUGAACGGCACCAUACGACCACCCGCGGGGACCAACAUCAGCGAGUUGAACCCCUGCCCUCUCAAUGUCUGCUGCAACAUUUGGGGGCAAUGCGGUAUGGCCGACGACUUCUGUAUCGUUUCCAAAUCCGAGACGGGUGCUCCAGGCACUUCGGCUCCCGGCAAGAAUGGUUGCAUCAGCAACUGCGGUAGAGAUAUCAUCAAGGGCUCCGCGCCGGCAAAGAAGGUCAAACUUGGCUACUUUGAGGGCUGGAACCUGAACCGCAAGUGCCUGACCAUGGACGCGAGCCAAAUCAACACAGACGCUUACACCCACGUGCAUUUCGCCUUCCCCAACGUCACGCGCGGCGAUUUUCGCAUAGAAAUCACGGAUCCGCAGGUGAAGGAGCAGUUUGAUUAUUUCAAGAAGCUCGAGGGUGUCAAGAAGAUUGUUUCCUUGGGUGGAUGGGACUUCAGUGCUCUCCCGGGGACUUUCAUGAUUCUUCGAGAGGCGGCCCAGCCGGCCAACCGCGACGUCUUCAAGCGCAACAUCAUCUCUUUUAUCAACGAGCACAACCUGGAUGGAAUCGAUCUUGACUGGGAGUACCCAGGAGCUCCUGACAUUCCCGACAUCCCCUCGGACGAUCCGGUCAACGGUGUCAAUUACUACCGGCUUCUGGUCAGCAUCAAGGCCGAGGUCGGCAGCUCCAAGUCGGUCUCGUUCGCGGCCCCAGCGUCGUACUGGUACCUCCGUGCACUCCCCAUCAAGCAAAUGGCCGCAGCCCUCGACUAUAUUGUGUUCAUGACAUAUGAUCUGCAUGGCCAAUGGGACGCUGGUAACAAAUGGACCUCACCGGGCUGCCCAACCGGCAACUGCCUGCGGUCACACGUCAACGAAACCGAGACCAAGGAUGCGCUCUCCAUGAUCACCAAGGCAGGAGCCGCCUCCAACAAGAUCCUUUUCGGCGUUUCUAGCUACGGGCGGUCCUUCAAGAUGGCCCAGGCCGGCUGCGAUGGCGAGACUUGUCUGUUCACGGGCGACAACCGCCAUUCAGGGGCUGCCAAGGGUCGUUGCACGGGAACCGCCGGCUACAUCUCCAACGCCGAAAUCGACGAAAUCAAGGCCACUGACAGGUCUAACAAGGUCUGGACGAAAGAAGGCUCUAACAUCAUGGCUCACGAUAACACAGAGUGGGUGGCCUGGAUGGAUGACGACAUGAAGGCAAAAAGAGCCGAGUUCUACGAUUCGUAUAACUUCCUUGGCACGACCGAUUGGGCGAUCGACCUGCAGGAAUGGUUAGACGGCUCGGGCAGCAUCAGCGAUGACAACACGAACGAGUUUGUCUAUAAAGAGCUUUCCGCUUGCACUGCCUCCUUCUCGACGCUUAAGCAGCUCGAGGAACGCAAAGGAUCAAUCCCGUCGCACUGCUUGGAGCAGUAUAUCGUCGAUGUACAGGUCGCCGUUUUUGACGACUCGCUCAAGAAAUACAACAAACUCAUCGAGGACGGUUACGACAGCAAGUUCUCCACCUGGAAGGGCUACAUCAAGGAACAGAUACCCGGUCAGAUCAAGAAAUCCAUGGCCACCGACAAGGUCGACAAGUACUUCAAGUGCGGCGAGACGAAGACCGUGACUUGCUGCAACACGUGCAAGAGCGCUUGGUGUGGUGUUGAUUGCGAAAGAUUUGAGGGCUGUAAGAAUGGCAAACAGAUGGUGCCCAGAGACAAGUGUCCCAAGGCCGAGUUUGAUCCCACAGGCCUUGGCGGUGAUCACCCCAACAGCACGUUCACCCUGACCGACCGGGAAGGCUUCUUCAAGGACAUUCAUGAGACGUGGGGAGUCGAUGAGGAGUGGAUCACGUUCAGCAAGCGCCAAAUGUCCCGCGCCAACGGCUGCCAGUACGCCGGCAAGGAUGUCAAAGACUGCAUCGCCUGGAAUAGCAUCUUCUUCCACGACUUCCCCACCAUGGACAGUGGCAAGACGAAGAUCAACAACCCCAAGGACAUCAUCGUCAAGGCUCUCCCCGACGCCAAGGGGCUGCUCGACCGGUACCGCGACAUGAAGACGUUUGCCGAGUUCGAAGACGACCUCGAAAUGUCCGAUCUUACCGACUCAGGCUCGCUGCCCGCCUUUGCCGUCGAGCAGGCGGUCGGGGAGAUGGAAAAGAUCGUCAAGGAAGCCAGCGGGAUUGAGAAGAAGCGCCGCGAGGAGUUCAUCCUCAGCAUGAUUAUGGGUUUCCUCUUCUUCAUCCCCUUCCUCGGCCCCACCGGCGGCAGCGCCGUCGCGGUCGGCGUGCGCACCCUGCUCCGACUGAUCGAAGUCGGCGCCGAAGUCGGUCUGGCCGUCUACAGCGUCGUCAACGACCCGGACAACGCCUUCAUGACCGUUUUCACCACCCUCUUGGCCGCCGGUUUCAGCCGCGGCGGGUUCAGGGACGCUGCCAGGUCAAGACGCGGCAUGAGCUCCAACGAGUAUAACAGUCUCGGUAACAUCAAGCUUAAACUUGACAUAAUUAAUACUCUCUGGGGUAGCAUGUGCUCUCUUUAG